CCCUGAGUCUUUCGGGUUGGGUGGAGGACGCGGCUGCUGCCUCUCGGCUCUGAUCCACGCCGCAGAUUCCAGGAUUCUACAAGCAGGAGAUAUCUUAGAAAUCAGGGCUGGGCAGGCAGGAGCCAGGAAAGUAGCCACAAUGACUUCAACAGUACUGGUGGACAUACAGGAAGAGGUGACCUGCCCCAUCUGCCUGGAGCUUCUGACAGAACCCCUGAGCUUAGACUGUGGCCACAGCUUCUGCCAAGCCUGCCUCACACCGAACAGCAGGGAAUCAAUGAUUGGUCAAGAAGGGGAAAGAAGGUGCCCUGUGUGUCAGUCCAGCUACCAGCUUGGGAACCUGCGGCCUAAUCGACACCUGGCCAACAUAGCGGGGAGGCUCAGAGAGGUGGUGUUGGGCGCUGGGAAGCAGCUGAAAGCAGUUCUUUGUGCAGACCAUGGAGAAAAGCUGCAGCUCUUCUGUAAGGAUGAUGGGAAGGUCAUUUGUUGGCUUUGUGAACGGUCUGAGGAGCACCGUGGUCACCACACGUUCCUCAUGGAGGAGGUUGCCCAGGAGUACCAGGAGAAGUUUCAGGAGUCUCUAAAGAAGCUGAAGCAAGAGCAGCAAGAAGCUGAGAAGCUAACAGCUUUUAUCAGAGAGAAGAGGACGACCUGGAAGAAUCAGAUGGAGCCUGAGAGGUACCGGAUCCAGACAGAGUUUAAUCAGCUGCGAAACAUCCUAGACAGAGCGGAGCAGCGGGAGCUGAAAAAGCUGGAGGAGGAAGAGAAGAAGGGGCUGCGUAUUAUAGAAGAGGCUGAGAAUGACCUGGUCCACCAGAGCCAGUCGCUGAGAGAGCUCAUCUCCGAUCUGGAGCGUCGAUGUCAGGGGUCAACAAUGGAGCUGCUGCAGGAUGCGAGAGAUGUCACAGAAAGGAGUGAGUUCUGGACCCUGAGGAAGCCAGAAGCUCUCCCUACAAGGCUGAGAAGUAUGUUUCGAGCCCCAGAUCUGAAAAAGAUGCUGCGAGUGUUUAGAGAGCUGACAGAUGUCCAAAGCUACUGGGUGGACGUGACUCUGAAUCCGCACACAGCUAAUUUAAAUCUUGUCCUGGCUAAAAACCUUAGACAGGUGAGGUUUGUGGGAGCUAAAGUAUCUGGACCUUCCUGUCUGGAAAAGCAUCAUGACUGUAGUGUCCUGGGCUCCCAGCACUUCUCCUCUGGAAAGCAUUACUGGGAGGUAGAUGUGGCUAAGAAGACUGCCUGGAUCCUGGGUGUAUGCAGCAAUUCAGUGAGACCUGCAUUCUCUUUCAACCAGUAUGCUAAAAAUCACACUGCUUAUUCCAGAUACCAGCCUCAGAGUGGAUACUGGGUCAUUGGGUUACAGCAUAAACAUGAAUAUAGGGCCUAUGAGGAUUCUUCCCCUUCCCUGCUCCUCUCCAUGACAGUGCCCCCUCGCCGUGUUGGGGUUUUUUUAGAUUAUGAGGCUGGCACUGUCUCCUUUUAUAAUGUCACAAACAAUGGCUUCCCCAUCUACACUUUCUCUAAAUAUUACUUUCCCACCACUCUUUGUCCAUAUUUUAAUCCUUGCAACUGUGUGAUUCCUAUGACCCUGCGUCAUCCAAACUCUUGAAUAUUCUUCUGUUCUCACCCACUUCUGAUAAGUACCCUGAGGCUAAUCAGCAUGCGGUUCUCUCUUCUGAUCUGAUUUUCUGUGUUCUCAAUUCUUUUGUUGUUUUGUUUUGUUUUUUGAGGUAGCGUCUUGCUCUGUUCCCCACGAUGGAGUGCAGCAGCAAGAUCUUGACUCAUUGCAACUGCUGCCUCCUGGGUUCAAGCGAACCUCCUGCCUCAGCAUCCCAGGUAGCUGGGAUUACAGGCACCCACCAUCACACCCAACUAAUUUUUAUAUCUCUGUAGAGAUGGGGUUUCACCGUGUUGGCCAGGCUGAUAUAGAACUCCUGACCGCAAGUGAUCCACCCACCUCAGCCUCCCAAAGUGCUGGGAUUACAGGCCUGAGCCACUGUGCCCCACCAAUUCUUUUGUUUUAAACAUUUGCUCAAUACUAGGAUGCACCUAAGUGGUGAGAGUAAACAUCUUUGACUGAUGACAGGUCUUCAGGUGGAUAGCGGGCGCUUCCAGCAUUUUGCAUAGUGUUAAGCAUAAUAUUUGAUGCAGGUUUUUUUUGGUUAAUGCAGGGGAUCAAAGUUCGGAAGUUCCGAUCUGUUAAUUUGCUACUGGUUUUUGUAUAAAAUGAAAAAUUGUAUUCAACCAAUGUCUUUUCUGUAAAUUAUUGAGAUAAUUGUUUAUCAUUUUUAUUCUGUUAAUGUGGCUUAGUACACUGAUUUAUUUCAAUUUGUUGUAUCUGCCACAAAUUGCUGACAUACAUCAUUAUUUGUUGUAUGCAAUACUGGAUUUAUUUUGCUAAUAUAUUGUUUAGAUUUUGUUUUCAUCUAUGUUAAUGAAAGAAAUUGGCCUGUAUUUUUACAUUCUUGUAAUACCUUUGCCAGGUUCUAUAAAAUUCAGUAAUAAGCAAAUAAAAUACCAUGUUUUUGUAUACAUAUAUGUAGGAUUGAGCUCUAAAACCAAAACAUUAUAAUUGUUAUUUGGGUAGCUUCCAACUCAGAUUGAAGCGAUUGUAACUCAUCUUUACUACAGUCUUCACUGCAACCUUCAGCCUUUCUCUUUACAUUUAAAAGUAGCAAUAGAAUAACAAAGAAAUAUAUCUUUCAAAUUAAUUGAAAUAAUAAUAAAAAGAUAGUGGGGAGAGAAAAAUCAUCCAAUGCUUAUUUUUCUCUCAGAAUAGAAAGAAAAUAAAGAGAAAAUAUGAUUAAUAUAAAGCACUUACCGGAAGAGGAUGAUUUCCUCCAGCUUUUCCACACUCUGUGCUUAGGAACAGACAGCUGGUGAGUGAGCUGCUGUGACUUUGGUAGGGAGGUGCAGUAUGUUUCUUGAGCCAUGUAUGAAAGAAAUUAUGAGGUACAUGUGAAGUAGGAACAAACAUCAGGGAGGAGCAUGGUACUGGCUGUCCCAUAUGGUGUCCAAGAGCCACCAAUGCCUAUGGAGGACUUCACAUAUGACUAGUCGGAACUGAGCUGUGCUCACAGUAUAAAAUUCACGCCAGAUUUUAAAUACCUCCUUCAAAAUAUGAUGUAAAAUGUCUCACUGGUAACUUUUUCUUUGUGUAUUACAAUGAUAAUAUUUUAGAUCUAUUGGAUUAAAAUAUGUUAUUC